AUGGGCUCGCAAUACAAAGGUACCGACAUCAACUUUCCGAUUCGCGUAUCAAGCACCCAGCAGCCAUCCAAGUCCCCUGCGCGUGACCUGCACCGGUACUGGCGGAGCAACGCAGACGAAGGGUACCUUGAGCGGUACUGGCCAGACGACCACAGUAACCAUGACGACUGGAUUACCAUCGUCCGCCGGCUUGUGGCCCCCCUCUUCCCGGAGUUCGCCAACGCCGAAGUCAGGUACGUCGCAAAAGGAACGUUCAACCGCCUCUACAGCCUCUCCGCGCACAACCUCCUCGUCGACCGGGACACCUUCACGCUCACGGCCGUCAUCGACUGGGAAUGUGUCAGCGUUGUGCCCGCGUUCGAGACCUACGACGCCGUCCCGGCGUUUCUGUCCGACAGGGAGUGGAUCAGGCCGACCCCGCUCGUCCUUCUCGCCCACGGCAUCCCGCCCAAUGAUGAGGUAAUUGCCGCCGAUAGGUUGAGGAGGGAGGCGGAGAUGGGGCCGGCGAGGCGUGCGUAUCAUCGAAUUGUCGGCCCGCUGUAUGACAUUACUACUACUACUAGUACUAGUAAUAACUUGCCCGGAACACGCGAGCGGGUCAAGGGGAAGCAGGGUCUUGCCAAGCAGCUGGAAAUUGCGAGUUUCCAGCAUCGCCCGUGGUGGACCGCGGCGUGGCUCGCUGAGAAUGGAUUUGGCGAGGACAAGAGGGUUGGCGUCAUUUUCCCGCCGAUGGCUGCCACUAUGCUGUGGUGCUUCCAAGCCAUCGUAGAUGACGGGGGUGAUACCCUCGCCGCGUAUGACAGCGAGAGGCGGGUCAGGGUUGGGAAGUUUAUCGGCAUUGCCAGGCUCACCGGGCAAAUCCUCAACCAAGUCGGGCAGAGGCCACUUAAAGGGACCAGGGAAAUUGUUGCGAGCAUGAACUUGCUGAGGGGCCGCCCACGCCCAGCCACUUGGCCCACAUGCCGAGAUCGCCUGUCGCCAACCUCGCGCGCGUCGCGGUGA